AUGGUUAAAAAAAAUGGUCAACCAUUUGAAAUUGAUAAUAAACGUAGAAAAACUAUUGAAAAAGAUGAUGUUUGUUCAUUAAUUAUUGAUAGUACACAAUUAGAUGAUAAAGCUUCAUAUACAUUAAAAGCAAUCAAUAAAGAUGAUGAAAUUGAAUCACCAAAAAUGACUUUGAAUGUAAUUGUUAUUCAACUGAAAAUCAAAACCGAUUUACCAGCAACAUUAACUGUACCAAAAGAUGAACCAAUUAUUUUAACAAUUCAAACUGAUGGUAAAUCAAAACCACAAGUAAAAUGGUUUAAAGAAAAUGAUGAAAUUUUAACCAAUCAACCAGAUGUUAAAGUUGUUGAAGAAGGUGAUAAUACAUAUAAAUUAAUUAUUGACAAAGCAACAGAAAAAGAUCAAGAAGAAUAUAGUGCUCUUAUUUAA